AUGGCGGAACAAAUAAAGAGAAAUGAUGUGCUGACUGUGGUAGUGAUCGGCGCCGGCAUCUUGGGCCUGACGUCGGCCAUCAAAAUCCAGGAGGCCAUCGCGGCCCGCAAGGCCGACGUUGGAGGCCAUUUACAAGUGCUUUUGGUGUCGCGAGAAUGGCCUAGCUCGAUUCCCGGCUCGCCUUCCAAGCACUCUCCCAACUACGCCUCCAUGUGGGCUGGCGCCCAUGUGCGGCCCAUCCCCGCAACUACAGCGCAGCUGCGACGCGAAGCCGAAUGGCUCAAACAGACCGUGGCGGAAUUCAGCACUCAGCUUCAGACAGAGCCAUGGAGCGGCAUUACCCGCACACUGGGCAUCGAGCUUCUAGAGGCACCUGACGAUGGAUACCAAAAGCAAGACGCCAAGGGCUUCACGGAAGAGACGGGUCUUCUGCGAUAUAGAAAAUGGUCCGAGGCCGAACUUCCGGAAAACGUGGUUCUUGGCUACGAGUAUGAGACAUAUUGCGUCAACACCCCAGUCUACUGCCAGUCACUGCUUCGGCGAUUCAUCCUCCGAGGUGGAAGGACUCUCAAACGAGAUCUCAAGACUGAAUGGGAGGCCUUUGGUCUACAAAAAAAUGUUGUCUUGGUUGUCAAUGCCAGCGGCACCGGAUUCGGCGAUCCCAAAUACUUUCCGACGCGAGGCCAAACGGUCGUCACCGACAUGGAAGAUGCGACCAAGACUGUAACACGCCAACACAAGGAUGGCACCUGGAGCUUCAUCAUCCCCCGAUUCUUUUCCGGCGGUACCAUUGUCGGUGGCACCAAGCAGCCGGGGGACUGGUCGGCAGAACCUGAUGCGAACACGCGAGCCACGCUGCUAGCGGGAGGGCGAGAGCUUCGCCAGUUUGCCAGUUCUUUAGCUGGCAAGUCGGACGAUGUCUCUGUCAUUGCAGAUGUCGUCGGACGUCGCCCAACGAGAGAAGGGGGUAUGAGGAUUGAACUGGAGAGACAGCCCGUGUCGGGGAGGCAGGCUGCAGUCCUGCACGCCUACGGCGCUGGGGGACGAGGCUAUGAGAUAGGAUGGGGCGUGGCGAAUGAGGUUGCACAGUUGGUAAACAAAUUUCUGAUUGAGGAGAGUCCUCUUGCGUCCAAGCUGUAG